UAAGGACCAUUCGCAAUCAGUGCUAAUAAGCGACGGUUAGCGCUUCAUGUACUGGUUGUAGUCGAUUGAAGGAUUCAGUCGCGACUAAUGUCUUCACAAAGACAAAAUUCAAAUGUCAAAAGUACCAUUUCAGCAUUGACGUUUAGUGCGGUUAGGACGGCGAGGAUGGUGGACACCACGGUAGUGACUAGUGUUGAUUUAAGAGAAACUAAUUUAAACAAAAAUGUACAAUGUAAUGGAAGUAGUGAAAAAAAUAUCAAUGGAAAAAUACAUCUACAGAAUGGGUCUUUAAAAUCUCAAACUAUAAGUAAUGGAUCCAAUAAAUGUAAGGACGAGAACGAGCGAUUUCCGACGAUGGACUGGUCUCAGUACGACACCUUCCCGGGCUCCUUCGAGAAGUGUUCCCUGAUGACGGCGGCCCUAACUCACGUGGGCAUGUACCUGCUCAUGUUUCUCGGCUUCGUGAACCAGCUGCUCUUCAAACCGAAGGUGGCCACCGAGAGGAACCGGGAGGGCUACGCACCGCUGUACAACCCGUUCGAGCAGUUCUUCUCCCGCUACGUGUACCGCCGCGUGCGACACUGCUUCAACCGCCCCAUCAGCUCCACGCCCGGCGCCGAAUUGACGCUCAAGGAGCGCCACACGGACGAUUACAACUGGUCCUUCAGGUUCACGGGCAAGGAAAAGCGCUGCAUUAACCUGGGCUCCUACAACUACCUGGGCUUCGCGGAGGCGUCCGGCCCCUGCGCGGAGGCGGCGGAGGCGGCCGCCAGGCGCUACGGCCUCGCGCUUGCGUCCUCCCGCGGCGAACUCGGCUCUACGCCGCUGCACGACGAGUUGGAGCGGACCACCGCCGGCUUCCUCGGCGUGGAAGCGGCCGUGGUGUUCGGGAUGGGGUUCGCGACCAACGCGCUCGGCCUGCCGGGCCUGCUUGGGAGCGGCUCGCUCGUGCUCAGCGACGAGAACAACCACGCCUCGCUCAUCCUGGGCCUGAGGCUCGCCCGCGUCGCCGUGCGCGUUUUCCGACACAACGACGUGCGACACUGCGAGCGACUGGCCCGAGCCGCCCUGGCUGAGGGACGUUGGACGAAGAUCGUCAUCGUGGUGGAGGGCGUGUACAGCAUGGAGGGCUCCGUGGCGCCUCUGGCCGCUCUCGUGGCCCUCAAGAAACGUCUCGGCUUGUAUCUAUAUCUGGACGAGGCGCACUCGGUGGGGGCCAUGGGUCCACGCGGCCGCGGCGUCACCGACCACUGCGGCGUCUCCCCGCGGGACGUCGAUGUCCUCAUGGGCACCUUCACCAAGAGCUUCGGCGCCGCUGGGGGAUACAUAGCGGGCUCCGAGAAGCUGGUGGAUUGGGUCCGUGCCCGCUGUCACGCGCACGGCUACGCCCACGCCAUGUCUCCCCCGGUUGCGGCGCAGGUGCUGGCGGCCAUGCGCGCCAUAUCCUCGCCCGUCGGCCUCAAGCGCGUGGCUCGUCUGAGGGACAACACUCAUCACUUCCGGCGCCGGCUCCGCGAGAUGGGCGCCAUCACCUUCGGCCACGAGGACUCGCCCGUGGUGCCGAUGCUGGUGUACACCUUCAGUAAGAUGGCGGCCACCGUGGAGCGCCUCACGGAGCGCGGCCUGGCCACGGUCGGCGUGGGCUACCCCGCCACGCCCCUCAACAAGGCUCGCAUCAGGUUCUGUCUGUCGGCGGCGCACUCCCGGGAACAGAUCGACCGCUGCCUGGAUUCCAUCGAGGCCGUCGUGGAGGAGGUGGGUCUGCGGUACUCCCGCCGCUAGCCUCCCCCGCGGCCGGCGCCGGGCCCGGGGCGACUCGCCUGUUGUUUUUCUAGUAUAAAUGUUAUACUUAAUAAAUUAUUUCCUUAUA